GGAAUUGUGUGACGCUUCUUUAGAUCAACUUUUCCGGAAAUCGGAAGAUCCCAAAAAAUACAAAGGACCUAUGCCACGUGCAAUUGAAAUUUUCCAUCAAUUAGCUUCAGGCCUGGAAUACAUUCAUUCAAAGGAAUUUAUUCAUCGAGACAUUAAACCGAGCAACGUCCUCAUUUCGCGAAGUCCUGGAGAAUAUGAAUCAAUAAUAAUGAAAUGGUCUGAUUUUGGACUGGCCAAAUCGGUAAACGAAAAGGGACUUCACUCGUGGACUGGCGUGAGAGGAACCAGAACUUGGUACGCACCCGAAGUGCUGAAAAAACUCAACAACGAUGAAAACGUGAAAAAUAAUAAGUUUUGGGGCACCGUCAAGAGCGAUGUGUUUGUCCUCGGCCUCGUCUUCGGUUACAUUUUCUUGGAGGGAAAACAUUUAUUCGGUUCAAGUGAAAAAGAAAUUCACGAGAACAUAACUGGAGGACGUCCGGUGAAUAUGACGAAUAUUGAUGGCGAAGUGCGCAAAUAUUACGAGGAUGAUUUACUAAGGAAAAUGUUGGAAGACGACCCGGAAAAAAGAAUGAAUUCGACAGACGUCGUCGAACAACUGGAAUCCAUCAAGAAAAAACUCACUGAAAAAGAAAAAGAAUUGCUUGAAUUAUGUGGGUGUGAUUCGCGAGAGGAUCUAACGGAAAAAAUCAAAGAAUUAAUUCAGUUCGGAAUUAACGUGAACGCAAAGGACAAGGACGGAAGGAAUGCGCUCCAUCUUUUGUGUCGGAACUAUUUAAGCCCAAAAUUAACCGUCGCAAUUCAACUCGUAAUCGGAAGCGGAAUCGACGUGAAUGCUAGGGACAACGACGGACUGAAUGCCAUUCAUUCUUUGUGUCGAUACAAUUCAAGCCAAAACUUAAUCGGCUCAAUUCAAAUCUUGAUUCAAUCGGAAAUCGACGUGAAAGCAAUAAGCAACGAUGGAUCAAAUGCGCUCCAUUUUUUGUGCCGAGACAAUUCAAACCCAAAUUUACUUGCCGCAGUUGCUAUUUUCAUUGAAGGCGGAGUGGAUAUGCAGGCAAAGGAUAAAGAUGGAUGGAAUGCCUUUCAUUAUUUACACAAUAAAGAUAAAAAGGAAAGGAAAAUUUGGUUCGACCGCCAAAAACCAAUAGGGGAAGGUGGUUUUGGGACGGUAUUCAAAGGAAAGUUCGGAGAUCGUGAAGUGGCAGUCAAAAGAGUUGUAAUAGAUCGUGUCGACAAAAGAGAAGAAGAAGCAAUGCGAAAGUUAAAUCAUCCAAACAUCGUCAAACUGCUUCACUGUGAAAAGGACAACGACUUUAUGUACUACGUAUUGGAAUUAUGUGUCGCUUCUUUAGAUCGAUUUUUCCUGAAGGAGGAUGAUCCCAAAAAAUAUAAAGGACCAAUGCCAGCUCCUAUCGAAAUGUUCCGUCAAUUAGCUACAGGACUGGCAUACAUCCAUUCAGAGAAAUUAAUUCAUCGAGAUAUUAAACCGAAAAAUAUCCUCAUUUCGUCUGGAAGAUAUGAAAAUAUAAUAAUGAAAUGGUGUGGUUUUGGACUGGCCAAAUCCGUAAACGAAAAGGGAUAUCACUCGUGGACUGGAGCGAGAGGAACGAGAACUUGGUACGCACCCGAAGUGCUGGAAAAACUCAUCGACGAAGAAAAUGCGGAAGACGAAGAGUUUUGGGGCACCGUCAAGGGCGACGUGUUUGUCCUCGGCCUCGUCUUCGGUUUUAUUUUCUUGGAGGGAGAACAUCUAUUCGGUUCGAUUGAAAAAGAAAUUCACGAUAACAUAACUGGAGGACGUGCGGUGAAUAUGAAGAAAAUUGAUGGCGAAUUGCGCAAAUAUUAUGAGAAUGACUUACUAACGAAAAUGUUGGAAUACGAUCCAGAAAAAAGAAUGAAUUCGGCACAAGUCGUCGAACAACUGGAAUCCAUCAAGACAAAGUUGACUGAAAAAGAAAAGGAAUUUCGCCAACUUUGUGCUGAGUACUCAUCGCCUGAUCUACUCGGAAGAAUAAACGACUUCAUUUGCCUUGGAAUCGAUGUUAAUGCAAAGGACGAUGACGGACGGAAUGCGCUCCACUAUUUGUGUAGAUCAAAUUCAAGCCCAAAUUUAAUUGGCGCCAUUCAACUCUUAAUCCCACUGGGAAUUGAUGUGAAUGCAAAGGACAAUGAUGGAUGUAAUGCGGUUCAUCAUUUGUGUGAAUCAAAUUCAAGCCCACAUUUAAGUGACGCUAUUAAUCUUUUAAUCCAUCUGGGAAUUGAUGUGAAUGCAAAGGACAAUGAUGGAUGUAAUGCGCUUCAUCAUAUGUGUGAAUCAAAUUCAAGCCCACAUUUAAGUGACGCUAUUAAACUUUUAAUCCAACUGGGAAUUGAUGUGAAUGCAAAGAGUGAUAAUGGAAUGAAUGCGCUCCAAUAUUUGUGUGGAUCAAAUUCAAGCCCACAUUUAAUUGACGCCAUUUCCGUCUUAAUCCCACUGGGAAUUGACGUGAAUGCAAAGGACAAUGCUGGAUGUAAUGCGCUUCAUCAUUUGUGUGAAUCAAAUUCAAGCCCACAUUUAAUUGACGCCAUUCAACUCUUAAUCCCACUGGGAAUUGAUGUGAAUGCAAAAGACAAAAACGGAUGCAAUGCGCUCCAUCAUUUGUGUGAAUCAAAUUCAAUCCCAAAUUUAAAUCGCGCCAUUCAACUUUUGAUCCAACUGGAAAUUGACGUGAAUGCAAAGGACAACGAUGGAUGCAAUGCGCUUCAUAAUCUGUGUGAUUCAAAUACAAGCCCACAUUUAAUUGACGCCAUUCAACUUUUAAUCCCACUGGGAAUUGAUGUGAAUGCAAAGGACAACGAUGGAUGUAAUGCGCUUCAUCAUUUGUGUAAAGCAAGUUCAAGCCCACAUUUAAUUGACGCCAUUUUGCUCUUAAUCCAACUGGAAAUUGAUGUGAAUGCCAAGGACAACGAUGGAUGUAAUGCGCUUCAUCAUUUGUGUGAAUCAAAUUCAAGCCCACAUUUAAUUGAAACCAUUCAACUCUUAAUCACAUUGGGAAUUGAUGAGAAUGCAAUGGACAAUGAUGGAAAGAAUGCGCUCCAUCAUUUGUGUGGAUCAAAUUUAAGCACAAAUUUAAUUCACGCCAUUUUGUUCUUAAUCCAACUGGAAAUUGAUGUGAAUGCAAAGGACAAAUAUGGAAAGAAUGCGCUUCACUAUUUGUGUAAAUCAAAUUCAUGCCCAAAUUUAAUUGACGCCAUUAAACUCUUAAUACCACUGGGAAUUGAUGUGAAUGCAAAGGACGAUUGGGGAAAGAAUGCGCUCCAUCAUUUGUGUAAAUCAAAAUCAAGCCCAAAUUUAAUUGACGCCAUUCAACCCUUAAUCCAACUGGGAAUUGAUGUGAAUGCAAAGGACAAUGAUGGAAUGAAUGCGCUGCAUCAUUUGUGUAUAUCAAAUUCAAGUCCAAAUUUGAUUGACGCCAUUCAACCCUUAAUCCAACUGGGAAUCGAUGUCAAUGCAAAGGACUCUACUUGGGAACGCAAUGCGCUCCAUUAUUUGUGUCGUUACUAUUCAAAUCCAAAAUUAACCGAUGCAAUUCAACUCGUAAUCGAAAGCGGAAUCGAUGUGAACGCAAAGGACAAAGACGGAAGAAAUGCGCUCCAUCUUUUGUGUCGUUACUAUUCAAACCCAGAAUUAAUUGACGCAAUUCAACUCUUAAUCGAAAGCGGAAUCGACGUGAAUGGAAGGGACAACGAUGGAAUGAAUGCCAUUCAUUAUUUGUGUCAAUACCAUUCGAGCCAAAACCUAAUUUACGCAAUUCAAAUCUUGAUUCAAUCCGGAAUCGACGUGAAGGCAAAAAGCACCGAUGGAUUAAAUGUGCUCCUUUAUUUAUGUCGAGAUAAUUCAAACCCAAAUUUACUUGACGCAGUUGCUAUUUUCAUUGAAGUUGGAGUGGAUAUGCAGGCAAAGGACAAAGAUGGAUGGAAUGCCUUUCAUUAUUUACACAAUAAAGAUAAGAAGGACAAAGAUGGGUGGAAUGCGUUGUAUUACUUGUACAAGAAAAUGAAUAAAGAAAUGAAAAUUUGGUUCGACCGCCAAAAACCAAUAGGGGAAGGUGGUUUUGGUACGGUAUUCAAAGGAAAGUUCGGAGAUCGUGAAGUGGCAGUCAAAAGAGUUCUAAUAUAUCGAGCCAAGGAAAUAGAAGAAGAAGCAAUGCUAAAGUUAAAUCAUCCAAACAUCGUCAAACUUCUUCACUGUGAAAAGGACAACGACUUUAUGUACUACGCAUUGGAAUUAUGUGAAGCUUCUUUAGAUCAAGUUUUCCUGAAGUCGGAUGAUCCCAAAAAAUACAUCGGACGUAUGCCACCUCCUAUCGAAAUAUUCCGUCAAUUAACUACAGGACUGGAAUACAUCCAUUUAGAGAAAUUAAUUUAUCGAGACAUUAAACCGAGCAACAUCCUCAUUAAGCCUUAUGGACAUGAAGACACAAUAAUCAAGUGGUCUGAUUUUGGACUGGCCAAAUCCGUAAACGAAAAGGGACUUCACUCGUGGUGUGAAGUGAGAGGAACCAGAAAAUGGUACGCACCCGAAGUGCUGGAAAAACUCAUCAACGGAAAAAAGGCGGAAAAUGAAGAGUUUUGGGGCACCGUCAAGAGCGAUGUGUUUGUCCUCGGCCUCGUCUUCGGAUAUAUUUUUUUGAAGGGAGAACAUCUAUUCGGUUCAAGUGAAACUGAAAUUCACAGGAACAUAAUUGGAAAAGAUCCAGUGCAUAUGAUGAAUAUUGAUGGCGAAGUGCGCAAAUAUUAUGCGGAUGGCUUACUAAAGAAAAUGUUGGAAUACGAUACGGAUAAAAGAAUUACUUCGAAAGAAGUCGUCAAACAACUGGAAUCCAUUAAGAAUAAAUUGACUGAAAAAGAAGAAGAAUUUCGCCAACUUUGUGCUCGGCAUUCUUCGCCUGAUCUAGUAGGAAGAAUAAAAGACUUAAUUCGCCUUGGAAUUGAUGUGAAUGCAAAGGACUUUAAUGGACGGAAUGCGCUCCACCUUUUGUGUCGGUUUUAUUCAAACCCAAAAUUAACCGACGCCAUUCAACUCUUAAUAGGAAGCGGAAUCGACGUGAAUGCAAGGGACAACGAUGGAAUGAAUGCCAUUCAUUAUUUAUGUCGAUACCAUUCAAGUCAAAACUUAAUCGACGCUAUUCAAAUCUUGAAUCAAUCGGGAAUCGACGCGAAGGCAAAAACUAACGAUGGAUCAAAUGCGCUCCAUUAUUUAUGCCGAGACAAUUCAACCCCAAAUUUAUUCGACGCAAUUGAAAUUUUGACUAUAUUCGGAGUGGAUGCGAAAGCAAAGGACAAUGAUGGGUGGAAUGCGUUGUAUUAUUUGUAUAAUAAAGAUAAGAAGGAAAUGAAAAUUUGGAUCAAUCGGGAUACUUCUCCAAUAGGGAGAGGUGGCUUUGGUAUGGUAUUUAAAGGGAAGUUCGAAGGUCGUGAAGUGGCAGUCAAAAGAGUUGAAAUACAUCGAGUCAACGAAAGAGAAGAAAAAGCAAUGCUAAAGUUAGAUCAUCCAAACAUCGUCAAACUACUUCACUGUGAAAAGGACAACGACUUUAUGUACUACGCAUUGGAAUUGUGUGUCGCUUCGUUAGACCAAGUUUUCCUGGAGGAGGAUGAUCCCAAAAAAUACAACGGACGUAUGCCACGUCAAAUCGAAAUAUUCUGUCAAUUAGCUACCGGCCUGGCGUACAUCCAUUCAAAGCAAUUAAUUCAUCGAGACAUUCAACCGAGCAGCAUCCUUAUUAAGCAAAGUGCUGAUACGCACGAAGAGAUAAUAAUGAAAUGGUCUGACUUUGGACUGGCCAAAUCCGUAAACGAAAAGGGAUAUCAUUCGUGGUCUGGAGUGAGAGGAACCAGAACUUGGUACGCACCCGAAGUGCUGGAAAAACUCAUCAACGAAGAAAAGAUGGGGAACAAAGAGUUUUGGGGCACGGUCAAGAGCGAUGUCUUUGUCCUCGGCCUCGUCUUCGGAUAUAUCUUUUUGGAUGGAGAACAUCUGUUCGGGUUCACGGAAAAAGAAAUUCACGAUAACAUAAUUAGAAAACAAGCGGUGAAUAUGAAAAAUAUUGAUGGCGAAAUGCGCAAAUAUUAUGAGGAUAACUUACUAACCAAAAUGUUGAAAUACGACCCGCGGAAAAGAAUCAAUUCGGCAGAAGUCGUUGAACGACUGGAAUCCAUUAAGAGAAAAUUGACUGAAAAAGAAGAAGAAUUUCGACAACUUUGUGCUCGUGACUCUUUGUCUGAUCUAAAAGGAAGAGCCAACGACUUCAUUCGCCUUGGAAUUGAUGUGAAUGCAAAGGACGGUAUGGGGCGGAAUGCGCUCCAUUAUUUGUGUGAAUCAAAAUCAAGCUCAAAUUUAAUUGGCGCCAUUCAACUCUUAAUCCAACUGGGAAUCAAUGUGAAUGCAAAGGACAAAUAUGGACGGAAUGCGCUCCAUUAUUUGUGUAAAACAAAUUUAAGCCGAAAUUUGAUCAACGCCAUUCAACUGUUAACCCAACUGGGAAUUGAUGUGAAUGUAAAGGACGAUGAUGGAAGGAAUGCGCUCCAUUAUUUGUGUGAAUCAAAUUCAAGCCCACAUUUAAUUGAAACCAUUCAACUCUUAAUCCAACUGGGAAUUGAUGAGAAUGCAAAGGACAAUGAUGGAAAGAAUGCGCUCCAUUAUUUGUGUGAAUCAAAUUCAAGCCCAAAUUUAAUUGACGCCAUUCAACUCUUAAUCCAACUGGGAAUUGAUGUGAAUGCAAAGGACGAUGAUGGAAGGAAUGGGCUCCAUUAUUUGUGUGAAUCAAAUUCAAGCCCAAAUUUAAUUGACACCAUUCAACUCUUAAUCCAACUGGGAAUUGAUGGGAAUGCAAAGGACGAUGAUGGAUGGAAUGCGCUCCAUUAUUUGUGUGAAUCAAAUUCAAGCCCAAAUUUAAUUGACGCCAUUCAACUCUUAAUCCAACUGGGAAUUGAUGUGAAAGCUAAGAGUGAUAAUGGAAUGGAUGCGCUCCAAUAUUUGUGUCGAUCAAAUUUAAGCACAAAUUUAAUUGACGCCAUUUUACUCUUAAUCCAACUGGGAAUUGACGUGAAUGCAAAGGACGAAAAAGGGAGGAAUGCGCUCCAUCAUUUGUGUAAAACAAAUUCAAGCACAAAUUUAAUUGACGCCAUUUUACUCUUAAUCCAACUGGGAAUUGACGUGAAUGCAGAGGACAAAUGGGGACAGAAUGCACUCCAUUAUUUGUGUAAAUCAAACUCAAGCCCAAAUUUAAUUGACGCCAUUCAACUCUUAAUCCAACUGGCAAUUCGUGUCAUAUCCAAUGGCCAUGAUGCAAGAACUUAUUUACUCCGUAACCAUGGGAUUAGGAACAAGGACAAAAUCCUAAAACUACUCGACGAAGCAGUUCUUGUUUAAAUCAUAACUCGUUUCUAGGCCAUGCAAUGCACUUUGACGACGAAGAACUAAAAUAUGGCGACUGUCGCAUACACUGAAUUAUUCUUACUUUUACCCCUAGAAAACUCAAAUUCCCCGCUUUCUUGGCUGUUAGGACUAAAGA